CGUCAUUUUGAGUUUUUUAGCGGUUAGUCGACCCUUCGUGUACACGGUGUGCGAACUCGCGACAGUUUCGCCGUCACUGUGAGUUGACGAUUGCUUCAGACAUUGUAACGCUCAAUCGAGAAAUGGAGAACACAUUUUAUGAAUCUAGUGACACUAGAGUGAACUGGAUCCAAGAUCGGAUCUGUCACGCUUUUGACUUGGACGACCCCGCUGUUUUACAUGAGUUUCUAACCCGCGACGAUGGGUCAGAAGAAAGGAGGCUGAAAACAUUCCUGGAUGAAACAUCAGACGAAAAUAUUCUUCUUGCAAUUUUUUACAGAAUCGACAGAGAAGAAGAGGAAGAAAUUGAAGUGGAGUACGUUGUCGAAAGCGAAGACGAGGAGGAAGAUGAGGAGGAGGAAGAAGGAGAAGAAGAAGGAGAGGAAGAAGAGGGGGAAGAUAACGAAUCAGACGGAACUCCCAGGGUCAAGAUUGUGAAAAAACUUAUCACCCAUAUGGUAAUGAAAACAUAUAUUUACAUGUACUUCGACUACCCCGAGGAGAGGUUAGUGGAGCGCAGCUUCUUCAUCAUUCGAAACUCGGGCGGCGAGUUGCCCCUGCCGGCCACGAAGAAAGAGGCUGACAUGAUUUUGCCAUCGUAUUUUGAGUUUGGCGACUCUGACAAAUUUAUCCUUCUCCAAAUGCAGCAAAUGCUAGAUAAGGUGUACAGACCAUUACUUGCUUACUAUCAAAUGAAGAGUAAAGAAAUGGCAACAGCAAUCGAACCAGACAAAAAGAUUCAUCAGAUACUGCAACAACUAGAAUCAAAACCCGGGAGGAAAAAAAAGUCUAAAAAAAGGGAAAGCGAAACGGAACCGCGAGCGAAGGUCAUGCUCCGCGACGAGUUUCUCAUGAACUUAAUCAAGUUCUCAUCCGCUGUCGCCCUCACCCUCCGUCAGAUGGAGGGUGAGAUCUUGAUAACAUUUCCGGAUAUAGAGAUUCCUGAGGACAAAAAGGAAAUCAUGGCCAACACAGAGCUUGUGGAACUCAUCCACAAAUAUUGCGAAGCCUGGACAUAUACCCUCCAGGAGGUAUUUGAGAAGCAUGCCAAGCUGCAGCCCCGCGGCAAAGGGCCGCUAGCAGCAGUGGAGUUUUGGCGUGAGUGGAAUGCCGUGUUCAGCGGGUUGAUCCAGGGGCUGUCCACGCCGCUAGCGCAACGCAUGCUGGACGUGCACCGCUUGAAGGAGAACAUCUUUGACUACAUCUUAAUGGAGCUGAAGCGCCUGUACACUCAGGCCAAGGACAACGUGCGCUUCCUCGCCACUGUGGAGAGACAUUUCAAGAACAUCACGCACGGCCUCUCCUUCCAGCUGGUUCGCGAGACUCUGCCCAGCAUGAUGCAGGCGUUCCGCUUGAUGUGGACCAUCUCACGUUACUUCAACACGGACGAGCACAUGGUGCCUCUCAUGGAACGCGUCGCCUGGGAGUUGGCCGAGCGAGUCAACCGCGUUGUCGACGUGCGCGAACUCUUCAAGCUGGAGAUUAGUGAAGUCAAAAAGAAAACACACGAUGCUUGCGACCUCUUGAAAGCAUGGAAACGGUCCUACCUGACCAUCCGUGCUAAGAUAGAGAACGCGGGUCGCGACCAGCGCUGGGAGUUCGACAGGGUCCGUUUGUUCCAGAGAACUGACUACAUGGCAUCCAUUUGCCAGGAUCUGUACGACGUGGCGAAGGUGCUGGAAGAAUUCUACAGUAUCUUUGGACCCGAGCUGAAGUCGGUGACGGGAGACGAGGAAAGCAUCAACGACGUCUUGCUGCGGGUCGAUUUCCUUGUGGAACCCAUCGAACAGGCGAGGUUCAGUCCCUUCAAUAUGGCGGAGAAGGACUCCUGGACCCGGAUAAUGGAAAACUUAUACAAUGAGGUCCGGUUAAUCGAGAACGAGGCAAAAGCUUUCAUCGACAAGUCCUUCCAAAACCUGCGAUCUGCAGAGGGCGCCUUUGAACUGCUGCUAAACUUCAAAGACAUCCAGUCGCGAAAGGUCAUCAGAGACCUGCUGAUGCAGAAGUUCAGUGAUAUCCUGCUGCAGUACUGCAAAGAGCUGGACACUAUAGAUACGAUGUUUCAAGAAGAAAAGUCGUCACCUCCCGUGUAUAAAAACAAGACUCCUUUAGCAGGGAGGAUAGAAUGGUGCAGAGCUCUCUUUCACCGCAUCAAGCACACAGUCAUCAGAUUAAACAGUCUCGAAGCCAUGAUGAUCACCGACCUGGGCAAGGAGACACGUAAAAAGUACCUGGAGAUCGGCAGAAGGAUGAAGGAGUUUGAAGAUGCAACAUAUCUCACCUGGCGAGAGCAGGCAAACAGACUUCCGGUGCUGCUUAAACGGACCCUCUUGUCUUCUUCAAAAGUAAUGAAACAGCUUGACACUAGCACCUGGCAGAUAUUGGACUUCGAUAAAUAUGAAAAUAUUACCAUCAACCCUUGGGAAACCCAUUACCACCUGAACUGCGAUUCCGAUCUGUUUCUUAUUAUGGCCGAGACAAGAAACAUGGAGUCGCUAGGUCUGCCCAUCCCAGAAAUGGCAACAAAUAUCACGCUUCAGGAGCACAAGUAUAUUGACUAUACCCAGCGCAUCACAAAGAUGCUUGAAGCAUACCAUGGUGUCAUCAGCUGUCUGUCCGAGUGGGAAGCCGACAUCAUGAAAGAGCACCUGAAGGAACUGCACCACGUGCUGUCGCCAGGAGUCAGGCGACACAACUGGAACUCACUCACCAUCACAGACUACACCGUCAAGUGCCAAAUUGCUAUCAACAGAUUUCGCUCCAUGGUGCACCAAGUACACGCAAAAGCGAGCGACAUAAGUCGCUGCCUUGCAGCGAUAGAAAAAGCCAAAGUUGUAAAGUUUCCGCCACCACAGGCACCCGGCAUCAUACCAGAAGUCAAGGAAACAUAUGAAUAUAUCGAGGAAUAUAUGUCGACUGCUUAUGAAAACCUUUCCCAAAGGUAUGCCGCCAUCGCACCUUUGCUGAUCAAGGUGGAGGGUGUGGUGGUAGGAACAACUUCUAGUAGGUCUAUUCGUCUGGCGAAAUAUUACCAGCACUGGGAGCGAAAAAUUUACACCGCGCUUUCAAAGAUGAUCUGCACGAACCUGGCGUUCUUAUGCCGUUCCCUGACAGGCUCCUCGCCACUUUUUGCGAUAGACGUCGUUCUCGUGGCCCCGGAUGUAAUUCUGCACCCUCGAAACACUGAAUUGUACAAGUACACCGUGCAGUGCUUGAGAGACCUGGUCGAAGGAACGAAGCUUUUCGUGCGGUGGUUGCGCGGCACGUGUCAUGAGGCGCCGCCCCAGAAGGUUGAAGGUGAGGAUGAGCCUUUCGUGCUCAGCUACUACAAUGACCUGGUCAACGACCCCGAGGUGAUCGAUCAUGUACAGUGCGCCACCACCGACAUCCGCAGCGCAAUGAGUGGCGUCAUGCGCUACCUCAACCGCUGGCGGAAGUAUCGGCACCUGUGGAAAGCAAACAAGGAGGAGAUCGCAUCCAAGUGGGGGCAGCAUGACUCUAGCUACGUCAUGUACGACGAGCGGAUCCAGAAGUUCCUCAACGUAGCGGACGAGGUGGAGAAGCUGCCCACCACCAAAGACAUUAAUUGCAUCCACCUGCGUCUGCAGCAGUUCUCCUGCGCCAUCCUCAAGCACGUGAACGACUGGAUUAAGACUUUGGGCAAUAAUAUGCGCAACCAGGCUCGGGAGAACAUGAAGAGCCUCUACACGUUGUUGAGGGAAAAAUCGGACGACUUAGAAAGAGUCACUGUCGACCUCGAGGACCUGACCUUCGUUUUAUCCGCCAUCUCUGACAUCAAGGCCAUGUCGUAUGAUGUGGAAGUUCGCUACGUGGACAUCAUCGAACGGUUCCGGGUGCUGCGGCAGUACGGGCUAGAGGUGACAGAUGAAGAGUUUCAGGAAGCGAACAACUUUCCUCGAGUAUGGGAAGAACUCUUGCUAAAGGCCAAGACUACGGAUGGAAACCUUAUCCCAUCCAAGCGCAAGUUCAUCAAGAUCACGCAGCAAAUGGUCACAGAGUUCCGCGCGAAAAUUGUUGAGUUCUACCAACGCUUUGUUCUUGAAGGUCCGGGAGUUGUUGGAGAUGACCUUGACAUAGGUCUACAGAUGAUGACGGCUUACCAACAGGAGCUGGAGAAGAUGGAGGACAUGCGCUCGGAGCUGGUCAAGGCCGAGAAAUUGUUUGAACUGCCCAUCACCUUGUACCCAGAACUGCUGCAUAUAAGCAAGAACAUGGCUGGCCUGACCCAACUCUAUGAUAUCUACGUGCUUCAAAAGGAAGCACGUAACAAGUGGGCCACGGCUUUGUGGGCUGACUUGAACGUUCAGCUCCUGCAGGAUGGCAUCGAUGGCUACAUGAAGAUGUACCGCAAGCUGCACAAGGACGUGCGGCGCCUGCCUUUGGGUACGACCCUUGACCUCAAGAUGAAGGAGUUCCGUGACUCUCUGCCCCUCUUCGUAGACCUCAAGCACGAGGCCCUGCGUGAGCGUCACUGGAAGGAGCUGAUGGAAAAGACUGGACAAACUUUCGACAUGAAACCGGAAUCCUUCACCUUGGCCAAUAUCUUUGCCAUGGAGCUCCAUCGCUUCCAGGACACUAUCAGUGAGAUCGUCGGCAACGCCAGCAAGGAGAUGAGCAUUGAAAAGGGAGUGAAGGAGGUGGAGGAGACGUGGACCGGCAUGAAGUUCACCGUGGUGACUUACACCAAGGGCACGCAGAACCGUGGCUACGUGCUGGGCCCUGUGGAUGACGUUCUGCAGAGUCUGGACGACACGUCCAUGAACCUGCAAAGCAUGGCCGCCUCCCGCUUCAUCGGUCCCUUCCUUCAAACCGUCCACAACUGGGAGCAGUGCCUUUCGCACAUUGGAGAAGUUCUGGAGGUGUGGCAACAGGUGCAAGUAAAGUGGAUGUACUUGGAGAGCAUUUUUAUAGGUGGAGACAUUCGAUCGCAGCUGCCAGAUGAAGCCAAGAAAUUCGACAACAUCGACAAGGUUUUUAAAAAGAUCAUGACCGAAACGCACAAAAACCCUAACAUCAAGCAGGCUUGCCACGCCCAGAACCGUCUGUCGGACCUUCAGAAUCUCAGCUCUGGGCUGGAGAAAUGCCAGAAAUCGCUGAACGAUUACCUGGACGCUAAGAGAAACGCCUUUCCGCGUUUCUUCUUCAUCUCCGACGAUGAGCUCUUGUCCAUUCUGGGCAACUCCGACCCCGAGUGUGUGCAGGAGCACAUGAUCAAGAUGUACGACAACAUCGCCUCUCUGCUCUUCGUCCCCGGGCAGAGUUCCGGUUCGCUGAUUGCUACUGCCAUGGUUUCCGCGGAAGGCGAGGUCAUGACCUUCCGCAACAAUGUCGCUGCCGAGGGCCGAGUGGAGGAGUGGAUGACGAAUGUCCUAGAAGAGAUGAGGCGAACCAACAGACUCAUAACCAAAGAGGCCAUCUUCUACUACUGCUUUAACAAGUCGCGGGUCAGCUGGAUGCUGGACUAUCAGGGGAUGGUCUGUCUGGCCGUGAACCAAAUAUGGUGGACAUGGGAAGUGGAGGACGCGUUCGACAAAGUGAAGAAGGGACAGAAGUCAGCUCUUAAGGACUACGCCAAGAAGCUUCACUGUCAGAUUGACGACCUGGUCGUCACGGUGCGAUCUCCGCUAUCAUCGAACGACCGUAAGAAGUACAACACUGUGCUCAUCAUCGAGGUUCACGCGAAAGACAUUGUGGACAGUUUCGUCAGGGAUAGCAUCAUGGACGCUCGCGAGUUCGAGUGGGAGAGCCAGCUGAGGUUCUAUUGGGUGAAGGAGCCGGAUGAGCUGAACAUCCGACAAUGCACGGGCUGCUUUGGUUACGGGUACGAGUACAUGGGGCUCAACGGGCGCCUUGUCAUCACCCCACUCACGGACAGAAUCUACCUGACAAUCACACAGGCUCUCUCUAUGAAUUUGGGAGGAGCACCUGCGGGACCUGCUGGUACUGGCAAGACAGAGACAACCAAAGACUUGGCCAAGGCACUGGGGCUUCUCUGUAUUGUCACCAACUGCGGGGAGGGCAUGGACUACAAGGCUUUUGGCAAAAUUCUGUCGGGUCUAUGCCAAUGUGGGGCCUGGGGCUGUAUGGACGAAUUCAAUCGCAUCGAAGUCUCUGUCCUGUCGGUCAUAUCGACGCAGCUGAAGACCAUCCAGACCGCUCUCAUACUCAAGCUUCAGCAUUUCCACUUCGAGGGUUCAGAGAUAAAGCUGGACCCCCGGGUGGGUGUCUUCAUCACCAUGAACCCAGGCUACGCGGGCAGAACAGAACUGCCGGAGUCCGUGAAGGCCCUCUUCAGACCCGUCGUGUGCAUCGUGCCAGACCUCCAGAUGAUCUGUGAGAUCAUGCUCUUCUCGGAAGGAUUUCUUCUUGCCAAGAUUCUGGCCAAAAAGAUGACCGUGCUGUACCGUCUGGCCAGAGAACAGUUGUCCAAGCAGUACCACUAUGACUUUGGGCUGCGCGCCCUCAAAUCCGUUUUGGUCAUGGCAGGCGAGCUCAAGAGAGGCUCUCCUAACCUCAGCGAGGACGUGGUGCUGAUGAGGGCCUUGCGAGAUAUGAACCUGCCCAAGUUUAUUUUCGAGGACGUGCCCUUGUUCCUCGGUCUCAUCUCUGACCUCUUCCCGGGCCUUGAUUGUCCUCGGGUGCGCUACCCGACCUUUAAUGACGCUGUGGAGGCAGCGUUCGAGGAGAACAAAUACAUACUCCUGCCUGUGCAGGUGGACAAGGUGGUGCAACUGUACGAGACGAUGCUGACCAGACACUGCACCAUGAUCGUGGGGCCUACCGGUGGCGGAAAGUCUGUCGUCAUCAACACACUGUGUCAGGCACAGACUAAGCUGGGCACCCCAACCAAACUUUUCGUCAUCAACCCCAAGGAACGCAGCGUCAUCGAGCUGUACGGCGUCCUUGACCCCUCAACCCGCGACUGGACUGAUGGCCUCCUAUCCAACAUCUUCCGAGAGAUCAACAAGCCGACGGAAAGAAACGAAUAUCGCUAUAUCUUGUAUGACGGCGACGUAGACGCCCUCUGGGUAGAGAACAUGAACUCUGUCAUGGACGAUAACCGCCUGUUGACGCUGGCCAAUGGCGAGCGUAUUCGUUUGCAAAAGUUCUGCGCUAUGUUGUUCGAGGUAUUUGACCUACAAUACGCCUCCCCAGCCACUAUCUCGCGCUGUGGCAUGGUGUAUGUGGACCCCAAGAACCUGGGGUACACACCCUACUGGCAGAAGUGGCUGGCACAGCGCGACAAGGAGUUCGAGAGGACCACGUUAUCGCGCCUUUAUGACAAGUACAUCCCCAAACUGGUCGACUUGGUCAUCGAGGGCGUCAAAGAAGGAGUAAUAGGCCAGAAGAUGAAAACCAUAAUUCCUCUGACUAACCUAAACUUGGUGACGCAGCUGACGAUGAUGCUGAACGCAAUCCUGACGAAAGAGCAAACGGACAUGCUCGUGUUGGAAGCCUUCUUCUUACAGGCCAUUUACUGGUCCUUGGGCGCUGGUCUCAUUGAGGAAGAGCGAGAACGCUUCGAUGGCUAUGUCAAAUUCCUGGCAGCCUUGGCCCUUGUCCAGAACCCAACGGCCACUCCUGGACCAGGGGAGCUGCCAAGCAACUCGACACUGUUCGAGUAUUUCUGGGACAGCGAGGCGGAGAAGUGGGUGCUGUGGUCUACGCUGGUACCAGCCUACGUGCCGAACCCCUCCGUCAAGUUCUGCGAGAUUCUCGUGCACACUGUGGACACGGUACGCGCUACAUGGCUGCUGAAUUUGAUGGUGAAGAUGAAGCGACCUGUAGUGCUGGUGGGCGAAACCGGCACUUCCAAGACCGCCACCAUCGCCGCCUUCCUGCGCACACUGGACCAGGAGACGCACCUGCUGUUAAACAUGAGCUUCUCCAGCCGCACCACCUCCCUCGACGUGCAGCGCAACCUGGAGACGAACGUGGAGAAACGGACAAAGGACACGUACGGUCCGACACCUGGCAAACGGCUGAUCAUCUUCAUUGACGACAUGAACAUGCCACAGGUGGACACGUACGGGACUCAACAGCCCAUCGCCAUGCUGAAGCUCCUGCUUGAUCGCGGGGGCGUGUACGACCGCGGCAAAGAGCUGAUCUGGAAGAACAUGAAGGACAUCGGCUACGUCGCCGCUAUGGGUAAGGCGGGGGGAGGCCGCAAUGAGACGGACCCCCGCUUCGUUUCGCUCUUCUCAGUCUUUAACAUGACCUUCCCGGCGGACGAGUCGCUCUUCCGCAUUUACAACUCCAUCCUGGCCGGCCACCUUCUGCCUUUCUCGGCGGAAAUUCAAGAGCUAUGUAGCAAGCUGACCUCCAUGACCAUGGAGCUGUACAGCACGACGGUGAAGGACAUGCCUCCGACGCCGUCCAAGUUCCAUUACAUCUUUAACCUUCGGGACCUGUCACGAGUCUAUAACGGCCUGUGCAUGGCCACGCCUGACUGCUUCGAAACCAAGGACCAAUUCUUGCGGCUGUGGCGAAAUGAGUGCCUGAGGGUCUUCAGCGACCGGCUCAUCAGCGAAGCCGACAAAGUUCACUUCCAUGAAAUCAUAUUCGGCCUGGUGGACGACAAGUUCAGACGGAGCACGCAAUACAUCAUGCGUAACCCCAUUCUGUUCGGCGACUACCGCACGGCGCUGGACGAGGCCGAACCCCGCCUCUACGAAGACCUGCAGGACUACGAAGCCGUCAAAAGCCUUUUCCAGGAGAUCCUGGAGGAUUAUAACGAGAAUCAAGUGGCCUUGACCUUAGUUCUGUUUGACGAUGCUUUGGAGCACCUGACUCGUAUCCACCGUGUACUGCGCAUGAACCGCGGUCACGCCUUGAUAGUGGGUCUAGGAGGCUCAGGCAGGCAGUCAUUGUGCCGACUUGCCUCCUAUGCGGCUGGAGGCGAUAUCUUUGAGAUCAGGCUGAGCCGCGGCUACAACGAGAAUUCAUUCCGUGACGACCUAAAGGCGCUAUACUACAAGCUGGGCAUGGAUAACAAGAUGAUGAUAUUUCUCUUCGCUGACCAGCACGUGGCAGAAGAAGGGUUCCUGGAACUAGUCAACAACAUGCUGACUUCUGGCAUGGUGCCUGCGCUCUUUCCUGAUGAAGAGAAAGAAAGCAUUAUAGGAAAGACUCGACCGGAAGCUCUAGGAAUGGGCUGGGGAAUUGACCGCGAGAGUGUCUGGCAAUACUUCAUCGACAAAUGUGCCAACAACCUGCAUAUCGUCAUGUCUAUGUCUCCUGUGGGAGACCUGCUUCGCACGCGCUGUAGAAACUUUCCUGGAAUGGUCAACAACACCAGCAUCGACUGGUUUACCCCCUGGCCAGAACAAGCCCUAUUGGCAGUGGCCAGUGUCUUCGUAUCAGCUGAUAAUCCUCUCAUUCCUGGUGACUGGCGAGAGGAAGUUGUAAAGCAUAUCGUGGUGGUUCACCAGAGCGUGGGUGACUACAGCAAACGCUUUAUGCAAAAGCUGCGGCGGAAUAACUACGUAACGCCAAAGCACUUCAUGGAUUUCAUCAGCUCCUACCUGAAGCUGCUGGACACCAAAGACAAGUACAUCCUGGGCCAGUGCGAUCGGCUGGCGAGUGGCCUGAAGAAGAUCGCAGAGGCGGCGGAAAUGCUAGAGGUGCUGAAUGAGAAGCUGGCCGUGCAGAAGGUGGCAGUCACCGAGAAGACAGCUGCCUGCGAGACACUGCUGAAUGAGAUCAUGCGUCGCACCAAAGAGGCCACGGAGAAAAAGUCUAUCGCCGAAGCCGCCAGCAAGGCAAUCGCAGAGCAAAGUGUCAUCAUCGCCAAGGAGAAGAGAGAAGCAGAGGAUGCCCUGAUGGAAGCCAUGCCGGCCUUGGAGGCUGCGCGCCUGGCGCUGGAUGACCUCGACAAGUCUGACGUGACGGAAAUUAGGUCAUUUGCCAAGCCACCCAAGGCCGUGCAGACCGUCUGCGAGUGCAUCGUUAUCAUCCGCGGCUCCAAGGACGUAUCAUGGAAAACGGCGAAGGGAAUGAUGUCCGACCCCAACUUCUUGCGAUUGCUAAAGGAAAUGGACUGCGACGCCAUCGGCUCGAAACAGAUCUCGUCUGUCAAAUCCAUGCUGAAGGACAUGAACAUGACUUUGGAUGACAUGAAGAGCAUCAGCCGGGCGGGGGCAGGGCUGCUCAAGUUCGUGGAGGCUGUUAUCGGCUACUGUGCGGUGGCGCGAGAAAUCAAGCCCAAGAGGGAAAUGGUGGCGAGACUGGAGCGCACGUUCUACGAAGCCAAAACGCAGCUGGAAAAGGUGACCCAGGAGAUCCUUAAUCUGGAGGCCGAGCUGCAGGAACUAAACAGGAAGUACGAGGAGGCCAUGAACGAGCGGAGAGCGCUGGAGGAAGAGGCCGCCAUCAUGGAGCGGCGCCUAAUCGCCGCCGACAAACUCAUCUCGGGUCUCGGCUCCGAGAACGUACGAUGGACCAUUGACCUGGAAGAGCUGAAGAAGUCGCGGGUCCGACUACUUGGCGAUUGUCUAGUCGGGUCUGCGUUCUUGUCCUAUGUGGGGGUGUUCAGCUGGGAGUUCCGUAACGACCUAGUCUACGAGGAGUGGAUCAGUGACCUUCGCACACGGGGCGUACCGCUCACCGACCCGUACCGACUGGAUAAUCUUCUCACCAACGAGGUGGAAAUCAGCCGAUGGGGUUCAGAAGGGCUGCCUCCUGAUGAACUGUCCAUUCAGAACGGCAUCCUGACCAUGCAGGCGUCCCGUUUUCCCCUGUGUAUUGAUCCGCAGCAACAAGCCCUUAAGUGGAUUAAGAGCAGGGAAGAGAAAAACAACCUGAAGGUGUGCACGUUUAACGACGCCGACUUUUUGAAACAGCUGGAGAUGUCUAUUAAGUAUGGUUUUCCGUUUCUCUUUCAAGACGUCGAUGAGUACAUAGACCCUGUUAUCGAUAACGUGCUGGAGAAGAACGUGAAAUGUGAGCAAGGGCGGCAGUUCGUAGUGCUGGGAGACAAAGAGGUGGACUUUGACCCCAACUUCCGACUGUAUCUCAACACAAAGCUGGCCAACCCUAAAUAUGGUCCCAAUGUCUUUGGAAAGGCCAUGGUCAUAAAUUAUACAGUUACCCUGAAGGGCCUUGAGGAUCAGCUGCUGAGUGUCAUUGUAGGCCAUGAGCGCAAGGAGCUGGAAGAACAGCGCAUGUCCUUGAUCCAGGAAACCAGUGAAAACAAAAAGCUUCUGAAGGAUCUGGAGGACUCGUUACUGCGAGAGUUGGCUAACUCCCAGGGCAACAUGCUGGACAAUGUAGAUCUGGUGUCCACUCUAGAGGAGACCAAGACUAAAGCUUCAGAUGUAUCAGAGAAGUUAGCUCUUGGAGCCAAAACGGCCGUCGACAUUGAGAAACUGCGCGAUGGUUAUCGCCCUGCUGCCAAGCGAGGCGCCAUCUUGUUCUUUGUGCUAGCGGAGAUGUCCACCGUAAACAGCAUGUACCAGUACUCCUUGGCCUCAUACCUUGACGUCUUCCGCUAUUCCCUCCGCAAGUCCUUGCCGGACUCCAUCCUAAAAAAGCGUCUGAAAAACAUCCAAGACACGCUCACCUACAACGUGUACAGCUACGGCUGCACAGGUAUCUUCGAGGAACACAAGCUGCUGUUCUCCCUGCAGAUCACCAUCAAGCUGGAGCAGGAUCUCGGUAACCUGACUCAGGAACAGCUCGAAUUUUUCAUCAAGGGCAAUAUGGCACUUGAGAAAAGCAGCCGCCGCAAACCGUUUUCAUGGUUUCCGGAAGAGGGCUGGGAAGACUGCAUACGCUUGGCCACUGAGUACCCAGCCAAUUUUGGCAGUUUGCUGGAAGACAUCGAACGAAAUGAACGGGAAUGGAAGACUUGGUACGACCAAGAGACGCCGGAGUCAGAAGAGUGUCCCAUGGGGUACAACAGCCGCAUGUCCGACUUUGACCAGCUGAUGCUGCUGCGCUGCUUCCGCGUGGACCGCAUCUACCGCGCCGUGAUGAACUACGUCACCAAGAUAAUGGGGGAGAGCUUCGUCACGCCGCCCAUCGUCAGCUACGACCGCGUCUUCGACCAGACUACGCCCAUGACUCCUAUCGUCUUCAUCCUCAGCCCAGGCUCUGACCCGGCUUCUGAUCUUAUGAAACUAGCCGAGCGCGUCGAGUUCGCCGCUAACAAGCUCAAGUUCCUCUCCAUGGGGCAAGGCCAGGAUACGGUUGCCAUUCAGCUGCUGGAGGUGGCCAUUUCCCGCGGCCAGUGGUUGAUGCUGCAGAACUGCCACCUGCUGGUUCAGUGGCUGCGUGACCUGGAGAAGGUGCUAGAGAAGCUGGAGAGACCGCACCCCGACUUCCGCUUGUGGCUCACCACUGACCCCACGCCUAGCUUCCCGAUAGGCAUCCUGCAGCGCUCAUUGAAAGUGGUGACGGAACCCCCGAAUGGCCUGAAGCUGAAUUUGCGCAACACGUACCAGAAGACGCCGGUGACAGCGCUGCAGGAAUGCAGCCACCAGAGCUUCGUCACGCUUGUCUUCGUCUUGGCCUUCUUCCACGCCGUAGUCCAGGAGCGGCGCAAGUACGGCAAGAUUGGCUGGAACGUCACAUACGCCUUCAGCGAGUCCGACUUCCGCGUGUGCAUGCAGAUUCUCAACGUUUACCUCACAAAAGCCCUGGAGCUCGGCGACGAGAGUAUCCCGUGGGCCAGCCUCAAGUACCUUAUCGGCGAGGUGAUGUACGGAGGUCGAGUCAUCGACGACUUUGACCGCCGCAUUCUCAAGACAUACAUGGAAGAGUACAUGGGCGACUUCAUCUUCGACACAUUUCAGCCCUUCCACUUCUAUAGGGAUGAUACCGUGGACUACAGCAUUCCGCCGGAGAGUAUUUACGAAGCGCACUUAGAAUACAUAGAGACGCUGCCUCUGGCCAACAGCCCUGAGGUUUUUGGCCUGCACCCAAAUGCCGAGAUCGGGUAUUACACUCAAGCAGCACGUGACAUCUGGGCUCGCCUCGUGGACCUGCAGCCACAGAGCAGUGAGACGUCCACCGGUAUCAGCCGUGAGGAGAUCAUCGACAAGAUCGCCACUGACGUGCUGGGCAAACUACCGACCGAAUUCGACGUUAUCAAGAUCCGCAAAGCCUUUGGCCUGGACGUGUCGCCCACUUCUGUGGUGCUGUUGCAGGAGCUGGAGCGCUUCAACAAGCUUAUCAAGAAGAUGGGGAGAUCGCUGGCUACACUCAGACGGGCUCUUGCUGGAGAGGUGGGCAUGAGUAGCGAGUUGGAUGAAGUGGCACGCGCACUGUACAACGGCUCCAUACCCGAAAUGUGGCAGCGCCUUGCACCAGCCACCCUUAAAUCACUGGGUAACUGGAUGAUCCACUUCCGCAAACGCUUUUUGCAGUACGACUACUGGGUGAACGACGGAGAACCAGUUGUGAUGUGGAUAUCGGGGCUGCACAUUCCAGAGUCCUACCUGACGGCGCUGGUGCAAGCCACCUGUCGUGAGAACGGCUGGCCCCUAGAUAAAUCCACCCUGUACACUAGUGUCACUUCCGAUCCGACACCUGAGGAGGUCACGGAGCAUGCUUCACAGGGUUGCCUACUGCACGGACUUUAUCUCGAGGGUGCCGGAUGGGAUUUAGAAUCUAGCUGCCUGAUCAAACAGAAACCGAAACAGCUGAUCCAAGAACUUCCCGUCUUAAAGGUCAUACCCAUAGAGUCCCAUCGUCUCAAGCUGCAGAAUACAUUGCGCACGCCGGUGUACGUGACGUCACUGCGACGUAACGCCAUGGGUGUGGGUUUGGUGUUUGAGGCUGACCUGGCCACUACGGAGCACAUCAGUCACUGGGUUCUGCAGGGCGUCUGCCUCAUCCUCAACACCGACUGAGCAUGGGAUGCAAACAAGACCCAAAUGGGACCACAUAAAAAUAAGACAGACUGGGCGUAGAUGAAAAGAAAGUGCAAACGGAUAGAAAGAGACAAAGCAUGGAUGAAAGUACAAAGCAGAGGAUGUGGGGUGGACUAGCCUGCAAUUGAGAUUCAGCCUUGACACAAAUUCCACACUCAGUGCGAUUGGAAGUCUGACCCUGUUACAAUGCUGGUGGCUGAUAGUUGUGGUCCUCAUGGAAUGCUUUUACGUGUGUGUGUGUGUGUUUGAGAUAGAGAGAACAAAAGACAACUACAGAUGAAAGACUGAAAGGGGAGUGAUCGGAACUGACAGUCAAAACUGAUUUCUACAAACUUUCUUUUCUUCUGGUGAUAACCUGGCGCGCUGAUAAAUAAAACACAAACUGAA